AUGCGUGACUGGGUAGACAUGCACGACCACGCGAUUGCGCUUCUCGUCAACACCACCGUCCAUCUCGUAGCAUGUGACGUGGAAGUGCUGGAGGACCCCUCCUACGACCGAGACUCGGUCGACGCCCGCAUGGUCAUCCAAUCCGCCAGCUACCUCGUAUACGACCUCGACCACAUCGGCGCAUCACAUACCUCCAGUCCAUCCUCCACAUUCCAGCUCGCCACCCGCCGGGUGCUCGUCCACGGCGUCCCAGUCCCCGAAAACGACACCCCCGUCUGGACCACAGACCAGCAGCAGCGCUUCCAGAGCGUCCGCUUCACGCAGGAGGCGACCCUGGUCGCGCGCACCCCGCAUCGUGCCCCUUCCGUACUCGGCUUCUUCCCCGUGCAGUUCUUUGCCCCCCGCCUCGGCGUCGCCAUCGUCCGCGCGUACCCGAUAUACCGCCUGCGCGCGCGCCAGCGGCACCGGCCGACGGCGGACGAGCUCGCGGUGCUGAGCGACGUGAACGACGUGUUCAUGUGGGGCAUGAAGUGUACCGGCGAGGCCCCGCUCGUCGUCAGGCCGCCGGAGGACCCGGCACGGGGGCUGCUGGUGGGCGGAAUGAUGAUCCCUGGGCAGGGGAAGCAGUGGGUGUUCAAGGAGAUCCCGGGCUUCACAUGGGACGGGAUGAUGAAUGCCCGGCCGGCGAACGACCCAACGCACAGGAGCGGGCUCGACGCUGGAGAGUUGAUAGAGCUGUCGCUGAGCUACCCGGCUCGCAUAACCUGGUUCAGCCUUUCGCUCCACGUCGCGGCCAACACAUGUGCCCGGCGCACGCCACAGCCCCACUCGUCUCCGCACUAUCCCAGCGGCGUGCUCAGUCGACGAGGUUGGACGGUGGUGUUGGAGACCGGCGCUCUCAUGCUUUCGUCCCAAACCAUCACCACAUCUUAG